AUGUGGUUCAUGUAUGCCAUUUCGUGGGCUGGCUUCUUGGUGCAGCUGACUGUCAUCACUCUCUCCAUUGCGGCUGGUCUCUUCUACCUUGCAGAGUUAGUUGAAGAAUUCACAGUCAUAUCUGGCAAAAUCAUCAGAUACAUCAAUUAUUGUACAGCUUUACUAAUGGUAUGUCACAUAUUCUUUGAAGAGUUACCGACUUCAUUGCUAGUGUCGUGCUUACUAUCGAAUCUCAUGUACCAUCUCGUUUUGCAAACUUUUCCGUUCAUUCAGUUGUCAUCUCCAUGGUUCAUAUUAUCAUUUGGUCUCCUGAUAGUUGAGCACUAUUUGGCAUUCUCUCAUUUCACAGAUCACCAAUACACAUUCUCCGAAGUGCUGGGUUUCUUCACAAUAAACCUAUGGCUGGUUCCUUUAGCACUGUUUGUUUCAUUGUCAGCCAGUGAUAAUGUUCUACCUACAUCCAUUACUCCUGAAAGAAUUGAUAACGAUUCCGACAUAGUUACGAGUUAUUUCCAAAGGAAAGGUAAAAAGUAUGGAUUGCUGUACUUCUUGAAGUCCGCUCAAGAUUCCAUACUGCCGCAGAGAGUUAAAAAAGCAUUUUGA